UUUAGCUGUUUGUCUUCGCUAUGGUUUCGUUUCGUGGUCUUUUCGUAGAGUUCGUAUUGUUCUCUAAAAAUUAGUUUGAUUUGGCUGGGAUUAUUGGACGGACGCUCCAUAAUUCGUGGUUUUAUAACCAGUGUGUUUAAACUUUCAAGUUUAAUUCAGAGUUUCGGAUGUGUAACUACAAAACUUAUAACAAUUACAUGUAGUGGUUUAAUAUUCAAAGGAAAAUUUGAAACAAUUUAACACAAUGGCUUCAGACGAUAAUUGGAGAACUUCUGCGUUCAGGCAGAGUGUGGUGUCCAAAAUUGAGGAGGUGAUCCAGCGCUCUGGUGUUCAAGUAGCACGGAACAGCAGUGAGAUGGAGAACCAUGUCUUUUUGAAAGCCAAAACUCGGGAGGAGUAUAUGAACAUGGUGGCUAAACUGAUUUUGCAUGUGAGGGAACUCUCUCAAUCCAAACAAAACCAAGGCCAGCAGCAAAUGCAAGGCCCCAAUCAAGGACAACCUGGUCCAAACCCACAAGUCCAGGCCCCACAAGGCCAACCCCAACAGGGGCCCAACAAUCAGGGUGGUCUUACACCAGAUCCAAUCAAUGCUCUUCAAAAUUUAGCAUCACAAGGGUCUCGAAAUCAAAUGAUGACAAUGGGGCCUCAGGGACAGAUGCAGCAACAAGGUGUGAUGGGUCCUAAUCCUGGAAUGGGAGGAAUGCAGGGCCAAAUGGGCCAACAAGGCCCAAUAGUUUCCCAAGGACCUCAAGCACAGACAGCUACAAGUCUCCUUCAAACCUUGAAUAGGCCUCAGAUGAAUAUGCAGCUGCAAAACAAGUUGGGAGGUCCAAUGGGGAUGGUGAGCAACCAGGGCCAAAUGGGGAAUAACAUGGUUGGUGGAAUGGGAGGAAUGGGCAACCCAAUGGGCAGUCAGUUACAGAACCAACUUGCUGGAGGUAUGCAAGGGCAGAUGAUGCCAAAUAUGUCAAUGGCCAAUUCUAUGCAGGUGCCAAUGAGUGGGUCUAAUACUAUGGGUCAGAUGCCUUGCAAUCAGGUUGGCAUGGGGGGCCAAAUGGCGCCAAACAACAUGCAAGGACAGAUGCAGGGACAAAUGGUUGGUGGCAUGGGAAACAACCAAAUAGUGGGUUUGAAUAUGCUGCACAUGGGUCGCGUGGGUGUCGGCAACAAGCAGGAAGUGGGAGGCAUGAUGGCAGGCAGCUACCAGGGUGCUAGAGCACCUCCUCCUACACAGUUCCUGCGUCAGAGCCCUUCUCCCUCUGCUCCUUCACCCAGCAUGGGAGGACCAAGUCCUAUGGGAGUGAUGGGCACAACGAUGACGUCACCGAUGUCGUCACUAGGCGGGCUGGGAGCCUGCGGCAGUGUCGGCAGCCCGUCCCCAUCGAACCCAACACAUUUGCAACACCAUGUACAACAACCACAGAGGGGCGUCGGUAUGGGUAUGGUUGCGUCGCCCUCGUCGUCGCUGAAUACGCCGGUGGGCGCGAGCGUGGCGUCCCCUGGCGGCGAAGAGGCGGCCUAUCGUGAGAAGGUCCGACAACUUUCGAAGUACAUCGAACCGUUACGACGUAUGGUGCAUCGGAUGGUUAGCGAAGGGGAGAAUGUUGAGAAGCUAACAAAGAUGAAGAACCUAUUGGAUAUUCUGUCCAACCCCAACAAGCGCAUGCCGUUGGAGACCCUCAUCAAGUGUGAGGUGGUGCUGGAGAAACUGGACUUCAAGAGGGGGGAGGGAGUCGUUGUACCGAGCACUGGGAAGGAACAAAUAUUCAAUCCGUUGCUAGAAGUGGUGAACAACUGCCUACAAUCUCCUCUCGCUAACCACACACUCAAACGCACCUUCGGAUCUGCUCUCGAUGCGCUGAACGGACCAGAAAUGAGGAAUUUACCGACCCCUCAAAAGGUACCGAAACUAGAAGAACCUCCAAUGGAGAUUCCGGAUGUUCUACAGGGAGAAAUAGCCAGAUUGGACUCGAGAUUUAAGGUGUCCCUGGAGCCGAUGUCGUGGUGCGGGGGGUCGGGCGGCGCGGGCGGCGGCGCUAUAACCCUGGUGGCGGCGCUGGACGAGCCGCGCCUGCCGUGCGUGGCCGGCGUGCACGUGGCCGUGCCGCGCGACUACCCCGCGCGACCCCCCGUCCGACUCAAGCCACGCUCGCACCACAACUACGCGCCCGACUCCUUCCUAGCUCGGCUAGAAAAGGCUAUGGAUGCUCGAUGUGCCAGGUUACCAAAGAGCUGUUCGGUGGGGCAGCUACUGGACGCGUGGGAGAUGAGUGUGAGACAGGCCUGCGCCCCCACGCCCGUGGCCUACGCCCCCGUACCUGCCCUGGGCUUGUGAACAAGUAACGUGUUGAUACGAUCUUGUAAAUAGUUCCACAAAACAAAACUACACAGAUCUAAACAACGAAUUAAUUAUUUAUUCGUUAAUAGGUAAAUACUGUGUAAUAUAGACAAAGUAAUUUUCAAAAAAUCUUGAAACCGUGUUAGAUGUGCCGUACUUU